AUGAAUACCCGACUCGCACCAAAGAAAGUAAGUAUCGCUCUGGCUGUCCUUUCGCCCGCUUGUUUCUUGGCUACGGCUGCAUUACAACAACUACAAGUGGUGGAAAACUCGGUGUUGCCGUUUCUGUACAACUUUUUCCUGAGAAAGGAUAUACCGUUCGUGAUGACCGGUGUAAUGUUCUUUUGGGUAUAUGUGCUUACGGCGUCGCUUAGUGUUGUGGCUCAAGCUGCUGGGUUGAGGAAUGGGUAUGAUAAUAACGAACCUAGGCAUUACAAGCCAUCAGUACGAGGAGCCUUCGGAAGGAUGAUUGCGGCACAUCAAGUUGCUUUAGAAAGUGUUCCUGCCUUUUUUGCCGUGGUUAUUAUCGCUUCGGCUAAACAAGUCCCAUUAGAAUACAGGAUAGAUUUUUCCAUCCUCUAUACCUUCCUGCGCAUCAUACACACUCCAUUAUACAUACUGAAUUUUGAUAUUGCACGAGCAAUCACACACAUGAUGGCAACUUCGUGUGUCGCGUGGCUUUUCGCAUUUGCGCUCAUACCUGGUUUCGAAAGGAACUACUAUUCGUUUAUAAUGGAUGUUGUGAGAUUGCAGCGCGGAGUGUCGAGUGGUGGGUUUUGGGGAAUUGAUUAA